AUGCGGUUUGGACUCAAAGGGGCACCGGCCACCUUCCAACGUGCGCUCGACAUAAUACUCUCCGGAGUCCGCUGGCAAAUAUGCCUCGUCUAUCUCGACGACUUGAGCGUGGCUGAUACGGCGGCCGACGCUUUCAAGACGUUCACGUUCCCGAGGACGUUGACGCAAGUGCGCUCGUUCCUCGGGGCGUGUAACGUAUACCGCCGAUUCGUUAAGGGGUUCGCUAAGAUUGCGCGUCCUCUGACCGACAUGACGCGCAAGGAUUUGGAUCCCGAUUUCUAUAACCUCACGGAGCUGCAAAUUCAGGCGUUCGAGAACCUUAAGAAGUGCAUAAUCGCUCCGCCGAUCCUCGCGUUGCCCCGGCACGGUCGUCCGUACAUGAUAGACACCGACGCGAGUGAUUACCAACUCGGCUGCACCUUACUUCAGGGGCACGAAGAGCCGAACGACUGGCGCCCCGUGGGGUAUUGA